AUGGGACAGUAUUGCCAAGGAAACUGGGUGGCCUUCAGUGAUAGUUUGUACCAAGUGUCUUUGGAGAAGAAAUCCUGGGAAGAAAGCAGACAAGACUGUCUUCAAAAAGGUGCACACCUGAUGAUUAUCAACAGCCGAGAGGAACAGAAUUUUGUGAACCAGUUCAAGAAGUCUUUGUGGAUUGGACUGACUGACUCAGAGACAGACGGAAGAUGGAAAUGGGUGGAUGGGACUCGCAUGACCACAAGCUACUGGAAUAGUGGUGAACCAAAUGGUGGCAGAACGGAAAAUUGUGGACAGAUAAAGGUUCACGACUCGCAAAACGGCUGGAAUGAUGAAACAUGUUCCAAUAAACACUUCUGGAUAUGUGAGAAGAGAGUUACUCCAUAACUUAACAUCUAUGCCCAACAAAUAGUGCAGAAAACAGAGCCAUGAGAUCAACUCCUGAAAUGAAGCUGAACAGAAAACAGUGGCCACUUAGGCUACGUCCACACAUACACGGGUAUUUUU